UUCUGCAGGUCCUUAGUAUGUUGUACAGAGACAACAUGGGCAAGCUACUAAUCUGCAUCGGAUUGGCUCUCCUGCUGCAUGCACAGCUUGGAUCAUCCUACAUCCUCUCCUGUUAUUUCACUAACUGGGGACAGUACCGUCCUGGUGCAGGAAAGUAUUUUCCCACCAACAUUGACCCAUGUCUCUGUGACCAUCUCAUCUAUGCCUUUGCUGGAAUGGACAACAACAUGAUCAAGACCUACGAGUGGGACGAUGAGAAACUCUACGGACAGUUCCAAGGCCUUAAGAACCAGAACAGCAACCUGAAGACUCUGCUGGCCAUUGGUGGGUGGAACUUUGGAACUCAGAAGUUCACAGCCAUGGUUUCCUCUGCUGCCAAUCGUCAGACUUUCAUCAACAGUGUGAUCUCCUUUCUGCGUCAGUACCAGUUUGAUGGUCUGGACAUCGACUGGGAGUACCCUGGCUCUCGUGGCUCCCCACCUGAGGAUAAGGAGCGCUACACCAUCCUGGUCCAGGAGAUGAUGAGUGCCUUUGAGGCAGAGGGUAAGAAGACUAACCGUCCUCGUCUAAUGUUGACUGCUGCUGUCUCCGCUGGAAAGGGAACCAUUGACUCUGGAUAUCAGAUUUCCCAGAUUGGAGCUGUGCUGGACUACUUCCACGUUAUGACCUAUGACUUCCACGGUUCCUGGGAGCACAAUGUUGGACAGAACAGCCCUCUCUACAAGGGCCCUGCUGAUCAGGGAUCUAUGAUCUACUUCAAUGUGGAUUACGCUAUGAACUACUGGAAGAGCAACGGUGCACCAGCUGAGAAACUGCUGGUUGGUUUCCCCACCUACGGUCACACCUUCCGUCUGGCUUCCUCUGACACCGCUGUGGGAGCUCCCGCCAGUGGACCUGGAUCUGCAGGAACUUUCACCCGUCAGGCAGGCUUCUGGUCAUACUAUGAGAUCUGCACUUUCCUGAAGCAAGGAGCCACACAGGCUUGGGAUGCCCCUCAAAGUGUGCCUUAUGCCUACAACCAGGGAACCUGGGUUGGAUAUGACAAUGUUAAGAGCUUCCAGACUAAGAUUCAGUGGCUGAAGCAGAGUGGUUUCGGUGGAGCUAUGGUGUGGAGUUUGGAUCUGGAUGACUUCAGUGGCACUUUCUGUGGGCAGGGAGCAUACCCCCUGAUCAACACUAUCAAGAGUGGACUGGGAACUGGAACUACCUGCAGUCCCCGCACUCAACCACUCCCUCCAGUCCAGCCAACCCGCCAGCCCCCGCAUCAACCUCAACCUCAGCCCCAGCCCAGUGGUGGUGGCGGCAGCAGUGGUGGCAGUGCAGGCUCUGGCUUCUGUACUGGCAAGGCUAACGGACUCUAUCCUGAUGCAACCAACAAGAACCAUUUCUAUGACUGCGACCAAGGAAAGACCUACACCCAGCACUGUGCUGCUGGCCUGGUGUUUGAUGACAGCUGCAAGUGCUGCAACUGGUCAUAAACAGUUCACAGUUAAACUCUACACUUCUUGUUCUCAUCAGUCAUGGGCUGAGUCAAUCAUCAAUAUUAAUGUGAACCAUCCAACAAGGUCACUUCAAGAACAGCUCUGUAACACCUGUCGCUGUCCUGACCUGAAUAAAAAUAGUAUUUAAAGCAA